CCUCCCUUCUCCUAGGGGCACUACCGCCGGGUUCGGGCCAGGGCCCCUCUGGGCAGGGUCGGUGAGCAGGCGGAGACAGAGGUCCGCCCAGGGGACCAUGGAGGGGGGCGACCCGAGCAGCAGCAGGUGGCCUCCAGCCCUGCUCUCUCCUCCACCAGCCCCCGAUGGCCCUCAAAGGCCCUUCCGAGGGGCCCCGCCCCAUCCCCACUCCACACCCGCUCCGCCCUGACCUACCCCGCGGCUUGGCGCUGGCUGAUCCCCGGGGGGCCGCACGGAUUCCGCAGGCCCUGCUCCUAACCUUAGACAGCCGCUCCGGUUCCCCGAGGGCGCACGGGGUCUGGCCGGGAGCCAGGGUCGGGCGGAUGGGCUGCGGGGUUCCGUGCGGGGUGGCGCGGGAGGCGGCCGGCCGGCUGCUCUGGGCGUGGGUCGGCCUGGAUCCAGCCGGGGCGGAGCCGGGAGCCGGGAGCCGCGUCGUGGAGGCCGGGGCGCUCUCAGCGAUGGGCUGGGGGUCUCGGAGAGCUGGAGGGUCGCGGGCGUGGCUGCUGCUGCUGCUGCUCUUGAGGCUACCUUUGCCUUUGUGGGGGGUCGAAGAGUUUCAAGGAAACCACCCUGGAAAACCAGUCACCUUGCACUGGGUCCCAGAUGGAAGAGUCAGGCGCGUGGUCCCCCUGGAGGAGCCGGUCUCGAAGCUAGACUCGGGGCUGGUGUCCUUGAAGGCUGAAGGGCAGGAGCUCCUGCUGGAGCUGGAGAAGAGCCACAGGCUGCUGGCCCCAGGAUACACAGAAACCCACUAUAGCCCAGAUGGGCACCCAGUGGUGCUGGUCCCCAACCACACGGACCACUGCCUCUACCAUGGGCACGUGAGGGGCUUCCCUGACUCCUGGGUGGUCUUCAGCACCUGCUCCGGGAUGAGGGGCCUGAUCACACUGGACAGGAAUGCCAGUUACUAUGUGCAUCCUUGGUCAGCCAGAGACUCUGAGGCCUUCGUCACUCACAAGAUGUUCCAGAUCGGGCAGCUGCUUGGCUGGAAAGGGGCCUGUGGCCACAGGGAUGCCAGGAACAAAGGGGACAUGGCUAGCCUUUCUCGUGCCACUCAGGUCAAGGAGAGGCGGGAGGUCGGCAGGAGCCCAAAGUUCUUGGAGUUGUACAUUGUGGCUGACCACACGCUGUUUUUGACCCAGCACCGGAACCUGAACCACACCAAACAGCGUCUCCUGGAGGUGGCCAACUAUGUGGACCAGAUUCUCAGGACUCUGGACAUUCAGGUGGCCCUGACGGGCCUGGAAAUAUGGACAGAGCAGGAUCAGAGCCGCGUCACGCCAGAUGCCAAUGCCACGCUCUGGGCCUUCCUGCACUGGCGCCGAGGACUGAGGGCACGGCGGCCACACGACUCCGCGCAGCUGCUCACGGGCCGCGCCUUCCAGGGCGACACCGUGGGCCUGGCGCCCAUCGAGGGCAUGUGUUGCGCGGAGAGCUCCGGAGGCGUGAGCACGGACCACUCGGAGCUUCCCAUUGGCGCAGCAGCCACCAUGGCCCACGAGAUAGGUCACAGCCUUGGCCUCAGCCACGACCCUGACGGCUGCUGUGUGGAGGCGGCGGCCGAGCAAGGCGGCUGUGUCAUGGCCGCGGCCACCGGGCGCCCAUUCCCGCGGGUGUUCAGCGCCUGCAGCCGGCGCCAGCUGCGCGCCUUCUUCCGCAAGGGGGGCGGUGCGUGCCUUUCCAACGCGCCCGACUCGGGGCUCCUCGUGCCCCGGGCGCGCUGCGGGAACGGCCUCGUGGAGGACGGCGAGGAGUGCGACUGCGGCGCCAGCCAGGAGUGCACGGACGCCUGCUGCUUCGCCCACAACUGCUCGCUGCGCGCGGGGGCCCAGUGCACCCACGGGGACUGCUGCGCUCGCUGCCUGCUGAAGCCGGCCGGCGUGCCGUGCCGCGGAGCUGUGGGUGACUGUGACCUCCCAGAGUUUUGCACGGGCGCCUCCCCUUACUGCCCCCCGGACUUUUACCUCCUGGACGGCUCGCCCUGUGCCGGCGGCCGGGGCUACUGCUGGGAUGGCGCAUGUCCUACACUGGAGCAGCAGUGCCAGCAGCUCUGGGGGCCUGCCUCCAGCCCAGCACCAGAGGCCUGUUUCCAGAUCGUGAACUCCGCGGGAGACGCCCACGGGAACUGCGGGGAGGACAGCAAGGGUGGCUUUGUGCCUUGUGCGCAGAGGGAUGCUCAGUGCGGGAAGCUGCAGUGCCUUGGUGGGGAGCAGCGGCCACGCCCAUCGCACACUGUGCCUGUGGACUCCACCAUUGGACUAGGCAGCGAUGAGGUGACCUGCAGGGGAGUCUUUGUGAUGCCCGGUGUCCAGCUGGAUGUGCUCGACUUGGGCCUGGUAGAGCCAGGCACCCAGUGUGGACCUAGCAUGGUGUGCCAGGACAGGCGCUGCCGAAAUACUACCUUCUGGCAGCUGGAGCAAUGCCUGGCAGCCUGCCAUGGCCGUGGGGUUUGCAACAGUAACCAAAACUGCCACUGUGCUCCGGGGUGGGCUCCGCCCUUCUGCGACAAGCGAGGGUUUGGUGGCAGUGUGGACAGUGGCCCCAUGCAGCCUGAAGACCACAAGGCCUUCCUGCUGGCAAUGAUGCUUAGCUUUGUGUUGCCGUUGCUCCUGGGGGCUGGCCUGGCCUGGUGCUGCUUCAGGUGCCCAGGAUACCGUCUCCUGCCAUGCCUCUGGGGCUUGAGGAGGGAUGCCCCAAGCCGAGGGCCCAAAGAUGGCCCAAACAGGGACUGCCCCCCCAGCGGUGUUCACUCCAUGGAAUUGGGCCCUACAGUCAUUGGAGAGCCCCAGCCCUUGGCACCCAGACACCCUGAGGCCCCAGUCCCCACCCUGCCCCAGGGACUCCUGCCAGUGGUCACAAUAUGUGGCCUCCACCCAUUGCUGCAGACCUUGAGAACUCUGCCAGAGCCCAGGAGCCACCUUGAGGAGCCUCUGGCUGGGUGCCCUGCCUGCAACCCCAAGCGGGUCAAGUCCAGAAGCCGAGAUCCUGUCGCUGGUGAGAGGGAGCUCCUGAGAUGAGGAUACUUACCAUGGACCGCUGGCAGCCUCUCCAGGGACUAGGUCUCCCAGGCGCAGAGCCACAGAGUCAGACCGUCUGCACUUUGGCAGCCUACAAAUUGCUUCCCUAAGUUGAGCUUGCCCACCUACUCCAGGACCCCAGAGCUUUAUCAGAAGGUGUGCAGUGCUGUCCCCAUUCCUUAGGGCUAGGGAAUCCUGGUAGGGUACAUACUGCAGCCCUAAAAUCUAUCAGUCCAAGGAGAGAAGGUCAUGUAGUCACUGACCUCCCGUCAGCAGGAGGGCAUGACCCAGCCUCUGUCCAGGGAGCCCGGGGGUCUCUGUUCCACGUACUUUACCCAGACCCAGGUCUGCAGAGACUGGUGACUGCUGGGCCAGAAGAUAGCCCUCAGGGCCCUACAGUUCAGACAGAGUCCACUUCCCUGGAGCUUGGCCCCAGCAAACAAACAAAAUGAAACAAAACAAAAAAAUCCUUGGGACCUUCCUCCUUUGCUUUUCCUGCCUUAUCUUGUCUCUCAGGCACUUUCUUAGCCUCACCCCUGUUCUUGGUCCUGCACUUGAGGUUUCAGAGGAGUGUGGGGUCUGCUGUGGACACUACUCACCCUCUCCUCCAGGAGCUGUUUUAAAAACAAUGGGAGCUGUUUUAAAAAGGACACCCAAGUAGAAGUCAAAAGAGAGACAAGCUGCCUUUGAGACUCUGUGAAUCUUUCUCUGUAUAUCGAUUCAACCCCAGGGGGCUCCCUAUGAGUCCUAAGGGGUGGUAGCUGGUGGGUGGGGCCUCAGAUGGCAGCCAGGGCCCCAGAUGUACCUGGGCAUAGGAUGCUGUUCCCUAGCAUGAACCAUCCCUUUGCCCCACCUCUUUUGCCUCCCUUGGAGAUUCUGAGAAGCCACUUACUCAUGGAAGAAUUGCUGGGUGAUCUUCUGUAUCAGUCAGCUGUUGCUAUAGAACAAAACCACUCCCAAAACUUAGUAGUAGCUGGAAACAACUAAUUCUGUGAAUUGGCAAAUUAGGUGUAAUUCAGCUGCUGCUCAGCUGGGCCAGUCUACUUCUGGGUUUGGCUGGCUGUUGGCGAGAGUGAUGAGGAUGAGCAGGCUAAGCACCCAUUUUCCAACAGACUAGCUCAGGCUUGCUCACAUGACAGCUGUGGAGGGUUCGAGAGAGCAGGAGCAGGAGUAGGGCAAGGCAGAUGAUGCACUUACCUUGAGCACCAAAAAAAAAAAUAAAAUAAAAAAAAAUAAAGGCGAUCAAGAUAAUCUUAAUGCAAAAGAUGCAAAAGUCAAAAGAUCAAAAUUAAUGCCAAAAAAAAAAAAAUCAAUGGUGAACAAAAUAUCAGAAUUUUAACGGAAGACCGGAUCAGUGACAGUGUCAUGCCAAGCCACUUUGGAACCUGAGGCAGAAGGAAAAAUUCAUAAUAGUGAUCAUUUCUCACCCCAGUCCCAGCCGUGCCAGAAAGUAAAUGGAAGCUUACAAGGCCUCUGGAAGGUUCUACGACUGGCACAUUAAACUCCAUAAUGCCCUAUCGGCACAAGCAAGUCACAGGGCCAGCCCAAGUUCCAGGGAUUGGGAGAGAAACUCUACUUCUUGAUGGGAAGAGCGGCAGAAUCAUGUUUCAGAGGCACAAAGGCUUGGGGGAAUUUUGACAACCAACCAUUCCUGCCAUGAGCAGCAGAGAAGAGGUAGCCCCGGGCUUGGGCUGGCUUCCGCUCCAUCAGCCCCAGAGAUUGAAUGAGGCAGUUUUCUACAGCUGCCUUAUGUCUUUUUUUUUUUUUUUUUUUUAAUUUAUUUGAGAGAGAGCAAGCAGGGGAAGGGGCAGUGGGAGAGGGAGAGAGAAUCUCAAGCAGACUCCCCACUGAGCUUAGAGCCCGAUGAUGUGGGGCUCUAUCUCAGGAUGCAGAGAUCAUGACCUGAGUGAAACCAAGAGUCAGACAUUCAACUAACCCAGCCACCCCAGCGGCCCAAGCUGCCUUCUGUCUUGAUUGUACCCAUGAGGUUUUUGAUUUACAAUGAUGACCUGAGUACUGACAUGGAGAGGUUAAUGCCACUGAAAGUUUUUAUUACUUAUAAUUCCCAAGAGAAGGGUGUCACACAGGGCUGCGUGGGGAAGCACGACGUUCAGUGGGGAGGCAGAAGCAGGAGUGAGGGCAGAGCCUAUACUAAGGUUUCUGCAGGAAAGGCAAGGCAGGGCAACUGACUAGCUGUGAGGUAUAGGGGUGUCUCUAAUGGUCUGGUACCUGGCCCUGGGAUGAUUUAGGGCAAGGCAAAUAUAGAUUUUGUAAGGGUUAGGAAAAAGACACCAGAUUGGUUGGUCUGCAUAAGAGAGACAUAUUCAUAGGCAAAUUUUCAUGAGCUCUAGGAAUUAGGGUUAGAGGCAGUCUCUCCCAAGCUCCCUCUCCUCCACUCCCUCUAAGUCAAGAUGUUAAACCAUCAUCAAAUACAGAAAACAGAGAACAUAAUGAAUACAUCACCCCACAUUCUCACCCUUUGGCGGGGGGUGAUGUCUGGAUCCCAUGAGAUUCCCACUUAUAUUGCAUGUCUCAAAAUACUUAAAAUUGCAUGAUAAAGAGAAAAACAUUGCAUGAUUAAAAACUGAAUGAUCAAAUAUUGGGGGCCAUGAGAGCAGUCCUUUGAGGAAAAUGUAUAGCUACAGUAAUUUUUAUUCAAAGAGAGCUGAAAGUCAGGGGACAAAGGUCCACAUUUAAAAAGCUAGAAGCCCCAGGCCAGAUGAUUUUGCUGAUGAAUUCUACCAAACAUUUAAAGAAGAACUAAUACCAGUCCUUUUCAAACUCUUCCAAAAAAUUAAAAGAGGAGGGAACACUCCCAAAUUUAUUUUAGGAAACCAGCAUUGCCCUGAUACCAAAGUCAGCUAAGGAUGAUACACGAAAACUACAGGCCAAUAUCCCUGAUGAAUACAGAUGCAAAAAUUCUCAACCAAAUAUUAGCAAAGUGAAUUCAAUAGCUCAUUAAAGGGAUCAUACACCAUGAUCCAGUGGGAUUUACCCCUGAGAUGCCAGGAUGGUUUAACAUAUGCAAAUCAAUAAACGUGACAUACCACAUUAAUAGAAAGAUAAAAAUCAUAUGAGCGUCUCAAUAGAUGCAGGACAAGCAUUUGACAAAAUACCACAUCCUUUCAUGAUAAAGACAAAAAAAAUAAAACUAGGCACAGGAGGACUAUAACUCAACAUAACAAAGGUCAGAUAAUUGCAAACCCACAGCUGACUUCAUACUCAAUGGUGAAAGAUUGAAAACUUUUCCUCUAAGAUCAGGAACAAGAUAAGGAUGCCCACUCCAACCACUCCCAUGAAGCCUAAAUGAGAGCACAGCCCUUAGGAAAAAAGAAAAAAGAAUAAAAGACCUUCAAAUCA